AUGAAAGCUCGUCCAUUUAUAACAGCUUUUGGGUGUUUCCUGAUAUUUAUUGGUCUUGGUACAAUACAUCUGUUUGGAAAUAUCACUCCUUAUUUGACAUCUUAUCUCAGAAAAAGAGUUGACAAUAAUACGACAUAUGAACAGACUACCUGGAUUAUCUACACAACUGAUUUUAUAGUAUCGUUCUUAUUCAUCGGAGUUUGGCUAGCUGAGCGGAUUGGACAAAAGCCUACUAUCCUAAUUGGUACUGCUAUUUACAGUUUUGGAACAGCUGGAACUUACUGGGCUAUACAACACAGCCUGGAAGCUACGAUUGCUCUCUUUGGUGUAAUUUCUAAUGUUGGUUAUCUCUGUUUUUAUGGCUUACCACUACCUGUAGCUAUGGAGUGGUUCCCUAACAACAUUGGCCUCGUGGCAGGAAUAGUAUCUUCAGGGUCUGCUUUCACCCCAGUUCUAAUGAAUAACUUAUAUACAUACUUUCUGAAUCCUAAUAACCUUCAACCAGAUGCUGAUGGGUAUUUCCACGACUCUGAAAUAUUGGAUCGUGUCCCUACUUUGUUUCUGAUACUAGGAGCUGUACAAGGGGGUAUUCUUCUUAUUGGACUACUUCUGUACCAAGUACCUCCCUCAGAGAUAUCGGAGAUAGACAGACAAACCAGUGUAGUUCAGAUAGAAGCUAAAAACUUUUCUGCAUCACUAAAAAGCGAAUCGGAUCCUGAAUACAAGGCUUGUAUGUUAGUAUUUCAAGAAGACUAUUCUGUGACAUCAGAAGGAAGUUCAACGAAUAUGGAAGUAGAAGAAACACAGACAUCCCUUGCCAGAGAAACCUCUGUUACACCAAAAGAAGCUUUGAAGAUGAAAGAAUUUUAUUUCUUGAUAAUAACAUUUAUUAGCUCGUUGCAUUCAACAAUGUUUGUGAACGUUUUUUAUAAGACGUACGGGCAAACAUUUAUAGACGAUGAUACAUUUCUAGCCACAACCGGAUGUACAUCUGCAGUUGUCCACACGAUAUUAAGGAUGGUUAUAGGCCUAGUUCAAGACAACAUAUCUUACAAGGGAUUCUAUAUUGUAGAUUUUGGAUUCUAUGCAUCAUCAGGUUUACAACAAUACCAGAGGCUUUGCACUAACGAUUUUGGAUUCUAUGCAAUAUCAGAUUUACUUUACCAUCAGGGAUUCUACAUUGAACAUUUUGGAUUCUAUGCAUCAUAUUAG